UCGCUUAGGGAAAUAGUGCGAUAAAUUACACAAUAACUACAAUAUUUUAAAAGAAUCUAAUGUAUAUAGGUCUAAAGUAAAACUCUAAGACCAUUGAAGAGCGCAAAAUGCUUAAAGUAAGUUGCAUUUUUCGACUGGGCAGCGCGCUGCGGCAGCGGCAACUUCAUACCGGCGUUACGAGACUCAAGCGCCGCAAGACAGCUGAGGAGAAGAAAUCGCCUCGAAUUAUAGAGUACUCGCCCAAGAAGCUGCAAUCUUCCAAUGCAACAGCCGCCCACGGCACGACAGACAUUUGGCGAUACAUGAGCGUCGCACAGCUGGCCAAGACACUGCAACGACCUUUGGACGAUGUGCAGGAGGCCAUGCUGUAUGUGCCCGGCGCCGACAACAUUGAGGCAGGCGCCAAGCUGGAGGAUCUGAAGAUAAUUCAGAACAUUGCCAAGAAGCUGGGCGUUAAAACGCGAGUAGUGUCAGCACCUGAGUCAAGUGUUGAGGACGAGCACGUGGAGCGUGAUGUGUCGCCACGACCGCCAGCUCCGCCGGAACUGCUCAAGCACCGUCCGCCUGUGGUCACGGUGAUGGGUCACGUGGAUCAUGGCAAGACCACGCUGCUGGAUUCGCUGCGUGGUGCAGAUGUGGCCGCUGGCGAGGCGGGCGGCAUUACCCAGCAUAUUGGCGCCUUUACGGUUACACUCGAGAACGGCGAAAAGGUCACGUUCUUGGACACCCCUGGACAUGCGGCAUUCAGUGCAAUGCGUGCACGUGGAGCUAUUGCCACAGAUAUUAUCGUGCUCGUUGUAGCCGCCGAAGAUGGUGUUAUGGCGCAAACCCGCGAGGUCAUCCAGCUGGCCAAAGAGGCAGAGGUGCCCAUAAUUGUGGCGCUGAACAAGAUUGAUAAGCCCGAAGCAAAUAUCGAGAAAAGCAAAAGUGAGUUGGCCCAAAUGGGCUUGGCGCUGGAAGAGCACGGCGGAGACGUCCAGGUUAUACCCAUUUCGGCGCUCAAAGGCACCAACUUAGAGCUCCUGGCCGAGGCAGUUAGCACGCAGGCUACGCUGAUGGGCCUGAAAGCAGAUCCCACGGGUCUUGUGGAAGGCAUUGUGGUAGAGUCCAAGACUGAUCCACGCCGCGGCAAGCUGUCAACGGCCAUUGUCACCCGGGGCACAUUGCGCAAGGGCUCGGUGCUGGUCAGUGGCCUGGCCCAUGCCAAAGUUCGUGGUCUGUUCGACCACAAUGGUACACCCAUGAUAGAGGCAGCGCCGGGAACGCCUGUGGAAAUACUCGGAUGGCGUGAACUGCCUCUGGCUGGCGAGCUGAUACUGGAGGUAGAGACGGAGAAAAAAGCGCAUUCGGUUCUGAAAUAUCGCGAGCACCAGGAACAACUGGCGAAAGUCGAAUUGAGCAGCGAUGAAAUCCGCAAGAAAGAGGAGGAACAUCAAGCAAAGUACCGGGCAGCGCGUGAGGCUCGCCGCCUGGCCGGUCACUUUAGGAUGCGUGGCGGUCAGCGUGUGAAGCAGGUCGAUGAGAAUGACGGCAUUCCACGCGUGAGCGUCAUCAUCAAGGGCGAUGUCCAUGGGUCAGUUGAAGCCAUACUGGAUGUGCUGGAAACCUACAAUAGCAACGAUCGCUGCCGCCUGGACAUCGUGCAUUACGGCGUGGGCAAUGUCACGGAAGGUGAUCUCGAGCUGGCCAAGGCCUUUAAUGCCAUCAUUUAUGCGUUUGCCGUGGAAACACCACAGGCCAAGCUGGCCAAGGAUGUGAAGGUCAAGAGCUACAAUGUCAUUUACCGCCUGAUCGAUGAUCUCAAGGAGCAGCUGAGCAGCCAACUGCCCGCUGUGGAGGUAGAGGAGCAUCUGGGCGAGGCCAAUGUGCUGCAGCACUUCUUCAUCAACGAGGGCCGCAAAGAAAUUCCAGUGGCCGGUUGCCGCUGCACCAAGGGCGUGCUCAAGAAGUCCCAAAGGUUUCGCUUGCUAAGGGACGGCGAGGUUAUCUACGAUGGCACCUUGGAGUCAAUGCGUCACUUGAAGAACGAGGUGGACUCGGUUAAAAAGGACGUGGAAUGCGGCUUGCGCUUUAAAGAUGCCAAGGUGCUCCCACAGCCAGGCGAUACACUGCAAUGCUAUACCACGCACAUGGAGGCGCAGCAAACGGAUUGGGAUCCUGGCUUUUAAUUAAUUGCCGCUUGGUAGCUGGUUGGCUGCUUUUCUAUUGUUGCCGCUGCUUUCGUUUGUUAUCGCCAUUUCAUAUGCAUAUA